AUGAAGAAGGUGAAGACCAACAUGACCCGCAAGUUCGUGGGAAUGACUUCGCAAGCCAUUUUGAGGGACUUGUACGAAGUUUGGGUGCGGAAGCUGCUGCUGAAGGAGCUGCGGGGGGCCCACGAGGACUUCGUGCAGGCCCACAGCCCGCAGCUGUACUACAAAAUAGCCCGCGCGUGGCACAGCGCCUUCUGCCACCAACUCCGCACUGCGCGGCUGCCAGCUUCCUGGCGAGCAGCAGCAGCAGCAGUGCACAGGAAGCUGGGGGGCCGCGGGGACUUGCUGCAGGCGCUGCCGCCGGUGGGCAAGAAGGGGCGGCGGCUGCGGCUGCAGCAGCAGCAGCCGAAGCGGGACUUCAUUCGCUUCGCAGUCUUCUUCCUCAGGGCCUUCGUGCCCGCCUCUCUCGAGAAAGCUGCAGCAAAGGACAGCGCAGCAGCAGCAGCCAUCAUCAGCCGCCAAGAACCCAACUUAAGAGCUGCUCUCUACUCCACUCUCGCCGCUUUCUUCCAGUUCCUCGUGGGCAGCGCCCCCGGCUGCAGGAUCACCGCCACGGCCUUCGUCUUGGCCGCCAUUUCCCCCUGCCCCUUCGGAUACCUCGUUGAACCUGCAUUUAUUUACCAAGUUUUGCGAAACUCGCCGCCAGAAACUCUGCAUUCGCUGGCUUCGCUGCGGCGAGUGGCCACUUCGAAGCCCUGCCCGGACUUCAAGCGCGACCUGCUGCAGCUGCUGAUGGUGAACGGCGUCACUGCCGACGACAUGAGCCGCGCCACCAACCUCAGGAAGGACCUCGCCAAACUAAUUGUUCCCGUCGAGCAAAUUGUCGCGGAAAAGGAGGAAGAACUCCGCAAAAUGGAGGAGAUCUCGCUGAAAGACCUGCUGCGGAAGGACGGCGAGGACGCCGCGGUGGCCGAAACCCCCGAGGACCUCAGGGCAGGACUCGACGACCUCUUCGCCAAUUCUGGAGUUCCAGGAAACGAAAAUGCAGAAAAUAAUCUCCAGAAAGCCGCAGAAGUCCACUUCAGCGACCCUGACACCGCCGCCGCCAAAGCCUACUUCGACAGAGUGCGGCUGCUCGUGGAUGGCAACGCGGCCAGCGACGGCUUCCUCGACUUGCCCAGCGCCGACUUCCAAACUUUGAUGGAAAAAACGGCCGCCGAAUUCGAAGAAGAAGACCGCAGCAACGCGCAGAGAGCGCCGUUCAAGGUCGACAGGUCUGCGGGCAUCAAGGAGCAGACGGAGGAGGCGAUCCAGCAGGCUCGGGGCGGCAGACUUCGCGUGGAGCCUUUUUUUCCCCCCCAAAAAUGA